UCAAAGCUAUGAAUAGAACUGCACACAUUCGAGGAAGAGAUUGGGAGAAUUUUAGAACGUAAUACCAGUCAAUAACUUUAAAAGCAGAACCCAAUGCAAGCGACACGAGCGCGUGGUCGCCUAUAGCUGUGGUGUAGCGUCUGACAGCUGCUGUUUUUCGGUCCAUGGUGGAUGGACUCUGACCCUGACUGCUAGUACCACCCUGCUAAUUGGGAUAACUCUACACAUAGCAACAGGACAAACUAGCUUGCGCCAAUUAUCUUCUUUUCACGUAUAUUGAUAGAGGUAAACAACUGGCCACAACAACAUGAACGGGCUUAUCCUACCCGGCACUGGGAUAGCUGUAGACGUCUUCAACAUAAAAGGAAGGAGAAAAAACUUCGUCCAUUUUUUGACUCAUCUUCACGGCGACCACACCGUCGGGCUGACCUCCACGUGGAGUAAAACCAUCUACUGCUCUGAAAUCACCGCUCUGCUCCUGGUCAACAAAUUCCAGCUUCCAUCUCACCUGAUAUCAGUUCUCUACCUGAACCAGGAGACCACGGUCCAGCUUGGUCGCCAUGGCAACAUGACUGUCACAGCACUAGACGCUAACCACUGUCCAGGAGCUGUCAUGUUUUACUUUCAGGGCAGCUUCGGCCGUAUCUUGUACACAGGAGACUUCAGAGUCUCCGAACAUCUUCUCCAAGACUGUGGCUAUUUGUCUGGAAAGAUAGACCGGCUCUAUAUUGACAAUACGUUUUGCAAUCCAAAGUGUAAUUUCCCAAGCCGGGAAGAGAGCAUGAAUGAAAUGGUUCGGAUAAUCAAAGAACACCCCAGACAUGAUGUUUACAUUGGUGUGUAUAACUUGGGGAAAGAAGACAUGUUGGCCAAACUUUCUGAUAUUUUCUCAGAGCGGAUACACGUUUUACCCGAGAGGUAUAAAAUCUGUGAGAUACUUUUCCCCAGAGAUUAUCUGUCACAAACUUUCACAACAAGCAACAUGUCCCUGUGGUCUCGAAUAUUUGCAGUACCCAGAUAUCAAAUCAAUACUAAAAUGAUAAGAGAUCGUAAUAACUCUUCGCCAACAAUUGCAAUAAUUCCGACUGCCAUUUUUACAGGUUGUUCCAAACCCUAUGCACACAAAAACCUAAUCUACGAAGUCCCAUACUCUGACCACUCCUCCUACCCAGAACUGAUGAAGUUUGUUGCCAUGCUAAGGCCUGUCGUGGUAUAUCCUAUUGUUAACACGCGUCGAGGUCCCUACGGUGAAGAUUUUUCUGAUAGGAUUGAUAUGCAAUGUUUUAACAAAUUUCUCUCCCCCAAGCCUGUAAACAGUGUGGCCAUCACAGGUUGGGACCCUAGCACGGUAUGUGGUGUAACAUACCCAGCUCCUAACAAUGUUGUGACUUCUGGAUUGUCACUAGACUACAUUGUAUGGAAAAACGCAAGACGUCGUCGUAAGUUAAGGUAUCAAGAACUCGAAAGAAAAAGGAGAAAGAAAGGAAUAUAUUAUACUGACGAGAUAUUGCCUAAUGAUGAAAGAAGUGACAGUGGCCAAAGUAUGCAACAGAUGGCCCAUAUAAUCAACACUGGUAGUGGCCAAAAUAUGCAACAGAUGGCCCAAAUAAUCAACACUGGUAGUGGCCAAAGUAAGCAACAGAUGGCCCCUAGUUACCACACUGGCCAAAUUAUGCAACAGAUGGCCGAUAUAAUCAACACUGGUAGUGGCCAAACAGAUGGCCUAUAUGAUCAACACUGGUAG